AUGCCAAACAAUAGACCAUUAACUGAUAAAGACUUUGAAAACGGCAGAAAAUUAACGUACGAACAGUUGCACGGAAUCAAUGAAUUCAAUAGAAAUACAGACCAACAGAAUAUUCUCAUGAAUAAUAAGAAUCUAUUCGAAGGCGAUAUUGUACUCAAGAAUCGCUCACAACUCACAACGCGUAAUGCAAUUCGAGGUAAUUUCUUGAAGUGGAGAUCCGGCAAAAUCCCAUACGUUUUGUCCAAUGAGUACAGCGAUGAGAACCGUUCAGUGAUAGCGCGUGUCUUCGAGGAGUUCCACAACAAGACGUGCAUCCGAUUUGUACCGAAACGAUGGUUUCAUUUCAAUUACCUAUACCUCACGCCGGGGUUGGGCUGCGCCGCACUGGUGGGCAGAGUUGGCGGCAAACAAGCGGUCACUUUGGGUGAGGGCUGUCUCACUCUGGGUAUCAUUGAACACGAGUUACUCCAUUCGGUGGGCUUUUGGCACGAGCAGAGUCGGGCCGAUAGGGAUGACUACGUCCGCAUCAAUUGGGAUAACGUGGAGAAGGGAAUGGAAGGCAAUUUCGUUAAGUUCUCCUGGAAUGACAUCCAAUCGCUUGGCGUUGAAUACGAUUACGGCUCGGUUAUGCAUUACGGCAGUCAUGAUAGCGAUUGUGCUCAAAAAUACAAACAGAAAAAGUAUUCACUAUAUAAGUCACAACUCUGUACCUGGAAUUACAAACAGGACGCCUGUCAGGGAGAUUCUGGCGGACCAUUAGUAGAGAUAGUGAACGGAAAGGCUACUUUGGUUGGCGUUGUCUCGUAUGGAUCUACUUGUGCUGAUGAUUACCCUGGCGUUUACACUCAAGUCUCAUAUUUUCUCAAAUGGAUUAAGACAAUAACGAAAGACAAUUAA